ACCUGUAUUAUUAUGAGACUGAAAAUACGUUUUAAUCACUGCAGACAAGAUACAAUGAGGACUUUACUGAUUUCCACUUUACUGUUUGCUAUGGGCGCAUGUUUACCUGCAAUAACGACUUCGUAUUCUAUACCUCCAGAAGACCUGGAUGGAUCGGGACAUGAUCUGGAAAGUUCUGGCUCAGGUUCAGGGGAAUGGGCGGAAGUGUCCAAAGGCUCAGUGAGGUUUACCACAAUCUCAACAUUUACAAUGACAAUGAGUGAAGAUUACUUCAUGUUCAAUGCCAUCGACGAAGAGGAUAAAACCGUCCCAAUUAUAAUGACAGACAACACCAGAAAUAAAAUACCAGAGGACUCAGACCUGACCUUUGACAAAAGGCCUAAGCUAGGAGAUGACAACAACGGAUCAGCCAUUGGCAACGUGGCAAAGAGCGGGAGUAUUCUAGCAAAUGAAGCUCUUGCAGCUAUUAUUGCAGGAGGGGUGGUGGGACUGGCCUUGGCUGCCUCCCUGUUAACACUCAUGGUCUAUAGCAUGAAGAAGAAAGACGAGGGGGGCUACACUGUCAACCAGAAAAACACGUCGAAUGGAGGAUAUCAGAAACCUAAGACCAAGGAGGAGUUUAUCGCGUAACUUCCCCUCAAAGACAUAAUAAUGUCUCAACCCAGCAGAUAUUAUUGAAAAGUUCAUUUUUGAGAGAAAGAAGUUGGUAGGGUUUGGCCAUGAUAAAAUUCACAUCAGGAAAUGUAAACUUCUUGUGUAUUCGAGGUUUAAAAAGGCGGUAACGCUUUACUUGACACCCAGCAUCAUAACACGUUAUAACACGUUUUAGGGUGGCAGGUAGCUUAGUGGGUAAGAGCGUUGUGCCAGGUAACCAAAAGGUCGCUAGUUCUAAUCC